AUGACUACUCAAAAAGCCGUCAUCAUUACUGAGCCCAAGAAGGCUGGACUAGUUACUGACUGGCCCAUUCCUUCUCUUCGGGAUGAAUAUAUCCUGGUCAAAAACGUCAGUGUGGGUUUGAACCCGACUGACUGGAAGCACAUUGAAUUUCUCGCUCCUCCCGGUGUGGUUGUUGGAUGCGACUAUGCCGGCGUGGUGGAAGCGGUUGGCAAGGAUGUGAAGAAGCCAUUUCAGAAGGGCGACCGUGUCUGUGGGUUUGUCCAUGGCUCCAAUGCUGUUCAGCCCGCGGGUGGUGCUUUUGCCGAGUAUAUCGUGGCCAAGGGCGAUUUGCAGAUGAAGAUCCCCGACAACAUGAGCUUCCAGGAGGCGGCUACCCUCGGCGUUGGCAUCGUCACUGUUGGCCAGGGGCUUUACCAAAGUCUGAAGCUGGCGCUUCCUACCGAGCCCAUCGCGGAUGCGACCCCCAUUCUUAUUUACGGUGGUUCUACCGCAACUGGCACCCUCGCCAUCCAAUUUGCCAAGCUAUCGGGGUAUAAGGUGCUGACUACCUGCUCUCCCCACAACUUCGAUCUCGUGCGGCGCUUGGGGGCAGAUGCCGUAUUCGACUACAAGGAUCCUCAGUCUGCUGCUGAGAUCCGCAAGCAAACCAACAACAACCUGAAGCUUGUGAUGGAUUGCAUUUCUCUCGAGGCCAGCGCCAAGUUCUGCGACGAGGCCAUCUCCACUGAGGGUGGCGAGUACAGUUCUCUUCUGAAUGUCAAGAUUGAGCGUGCCAACGUGAAUGAUCGUCUCACCCUGGGCUACACGGCUGUAGGCGAAGCUUUCAAAUACCGUGACACGCCCAUCCCCGCCAAGCCAGAGGAUCGGGCACACGCCGAGAAGUUCAUCGCCAUUGCAGAAUCGCUUCUAGCCCAAGGAAAAAUCAAGGUUCAUACGCCAAAGGUUGGCAAGGAUGGCUUGAAGGGUGUUUUGGAGGGACUGCAGCUGAUGAAGGAGGACAAGGUCAGCGGAGUGAAGCUGGUCUACAAUGUUUCUGAGACCCCCUAA